AUGGGAGAGAACACGGCUAAGUAUGUGGUGAAAAAUGUGGACAUGUCGGAUGAAAUGCAACAAGAUGCAUUCACCAUUUCGAGCACCGCAUUGCAAGAGUUCAACAUAGAGAAAGAUAUUGCAGCAUAUAUCAAAAAAGAGUUCGACAAAAAACAUGGGCCCACAUGGCACUGCAUUGUCGGUCGGAAUUACGGAAGCUAUGUGACACAUGAGACAAAACAUUUCAUCUAUUUCUAUGCCGGUCAACUGGCCAUAUUGUUAUUCCGUUCUGGAUAG